CCGGGGACGGACGGGCUCCGGAGACGCACGUACAGCAGGCCUCCCACCGCGGGUCCCACCGCUGCCCCCAUGCGGAGUCCCUCUUUUCUCUUGCAGCGGCGGCCGCCGCUGUUGCUGCUGCUGCUGUCGCCGUGGCCAGUCUGGGCCCAGGCGCCCACUGCGGCCGCCCCCUCAGGGACCCCGGGUGCCCGGGACUGCCCCGAGGCGUGCGCGUGCGCAUCGGGCGGUCAGGCCAACUGCUCGGGGCGCGAGCUGCCUGCCGUGCCUGCGGGCCUGAGCCGGAGCGUGCGCACGCUGCUGCUGGACCACAACCGUGUGCGCGCGCUGCCGCCCGGCGCCUUCGUGGGCGCUGGCGCGCUGCUGCACCUGGACCUGCGCGGCAAUGGGCUGCACUGGGUGCACCCGCGGGCCUUCUGGGGUCUGAGCGCUCUGGAGCAGCUCGACCUCAGCGCCAACCAGCUGGAGGCGCUAGCGCCCGGCACCUUCGCGCCGCUGCGCGCGCUGCGCAACCUCUCGAUGGCCGGCAACCGGCUAGCGCGCCUGGAGCCUGCGGCGCUGGGCGCGCUCCCGCUGCUGCACGAGCUCAGUCUGCAGGACAACGAGCUGUCUGCGCUCGCGCCCGGCGUUCUGGCCGGCCUGCCCGCUCUCAAUGCGCUGCGCCUCCGCGGCAACCCCUGGGCUUGCAGCUGCGCGCUGCGCCCGCUCUGCAUGUGGCUGCGCAGGCACCCACAGCCCGCGCCAGAGACCGAGACGCUGCUCUGUGUGUCGCCGGUGAGCCUGACGCUCAGGCCCUUGACCGCCUUCCCCGAUGCCGCCUUCCGCCACUGCGCACAGUCACUCGCCCCGCGGGACCUGGCCGUGGUCUACGCACUAGGGCCCUUGUCCUUCCUCGCCAGCCUGGCCGCCUGCCUGGCGCUGGGCUCCGUGCUCACCGCCUGCCGCCGCCGCCGCGCCGCCGCCGCCCGCCGCCCGCCGAGGAGACCGCCGGAUCCCGGCCCCUGCUCGGCCUCGCCCGAGGACCCUGGGAGCCCCGCUGCCGCCGCCCAAGCCUGAGGCUGCCCUCGAAUCUUCCCUCUACUCCCUGCCCUCCUUCACACCCCUGCAGGCGUCAACAAGUAACACAGAC